AUCUAUACAGACAGACAGAUCAUUAUAAAAACGAACAAUUUAUGAACCUUUGUAAAAUGUGUGUAAUAUAAUAUAAUACACAAUUCAUGUGGUUUGGACAACAUGAAGAAACUGAUUUGCCAUCAUCAUCAGCUGAACAACCUUUAAGCAAAUGCAUGUUUGCUUUAAUUGGAUGGCGUGUUGACCUCCUAGCUCCCACACAGCCGACGUGCCGUUUGGCUCAACAGACCUGCAGUCAAUUUGCUUAAGCCUGUCCCAUUAAAUAUUUCCAUAGCAUCAACGUCAGAGAUACUUUCUCCAAACCAAAAACCUUGAUGUUGAGAUAAAAGCCAAAGAAUAUGUGAGCAUCUGUGAGCGCAGCAGCACCAUGGAGAGGCUUUUGGUGGCCGUCUGCCUUCUGUCAGGUAGGUCUGUCUUUUUCACCACACAUGAUGAAUGAAUGGAAGGGAAGAUUCUUAGCUGUGUUGAUUGGAUGUUUUUUCCCAGAGAUCUUCACCCUCUCCUCCUGCCUCCGUCAGUACCACUUUGUGAAUCAGUCUUUGAACUGGACUGAAGCGCAGAUCUACUGCAGACAGAACUACAGAGAUCUGGCCACCAUAGAAGACCCUGAGGAGCUGAAGCAGCUCAUCAACGGAGUCUCAUCUGCUGGUGUCGGCUCGGACGUCUGGAUCGGUCUGUACAACCAAAUCCACUGGAGAUGGUCUGAUGGUUUCACGGGGAAAGGAGCUGAUUACCGGAACUGGAACACGACUGAUUCAGACCCAGAUUUUAUUUCAGCCAACCAGUUCUGUGUAAAUAUUGGAGAUGGUGGGGAAUGGUGGGACCGUUCUUGUGGGAAUAAUUUCACCUCCAUCUGCUACAGAGGAACACAGUUGGAUCCUGAAUUGGUUCUUGUGAGCAAGUCUUUGACCUGGUCCGGCGCUCAGAAACACUGCAGGGAGAACUUUGUGGACCUGGUCUCUGUGAGGAACGACAUGGAAAACCGGAAGAUCCAGAGCUUGGUGCCACAGAGCAAAAGGUCCUGGAUCGGUCUGUUCAGAGAUCCAGACCUGUUCUGGUCUGACGGGAGCAGCUUUGGCUUCGGUUUCUGGGAUGGUGGGAAAAACGUGAUUGGCUCCAUGACGGUCAUCUGUGGUGUGACGUCUGUGCAGAGAUCAGGAAAGUGGAAGUUUCUGUCAUGUGAUCAAAGGCUGCCGUUUGUCUGCUACAGCCCAGGUAAGCAGAGGAUUUCUAAAGAAAAGAGGUUGGAGGACAAGUCUUUGUUUGGCUGAAUACUAUAAAUCCUUCAACUCAUAGUUUUCCUGUUUCUCUUUCUUUAUUCUAGUAUCUUCCUCCAUGUUUUGCUGCUUAACUCCUCCUACAGU